AUGUAUGUUUUCGGUGGACGAUUUGAUCGUAUUGGACCUCAACAAACAACACAAAAUAUUUAUGAUGAUCGUCUCUAUGUUUUUAAUCCCGACGAUGCUUCAUGGUCAUUGAUUACAGCAAAUAGAGAAAUACCAUGUGGAAGAAGAUCACAUUCAGCUUGUUUGUUUUCAUUUUUCGAUAUAUUAUAUUUUUUUGAUUAUUUUAAAUGUAAUAUUCUAGUUGUUCAUCAUGGAAAAUUGUAUAUGUUUAGUGGUUAUAAUAAUGUAAUGGGUUUACAUUUUAAUGGUUUAUAUGAAUUUAAUCCACUAACAUUAUUAUGGCGUCGUAUAAAACCUCAUGGUAUUUCAAAUCCUGUUCCUCGUCGACGACAAUGUUGUCUUGUGAUUGAUGAUCGAAUGUAUAUGUUUGGCGGAACAAGCCCAAUAUCAACAUCAACGUUUGCAAACCAUUCACAUGAAAUGCAAGAUGUUGAUGCUCGUAGAACAAUACUUUAUGAUCAAAGUGAUCUCUAUGUAUUGGAUUUUACUCCAACAUUAAGAACAUUAUGUUUAUUUUUACUUGCACAACGAAAAAUCAACGUAAAUAUUCUUCCGAAAAAGCUUCAUCAAGAAUAUCAACUAUUUACACAAUCAAAUAUAAUUCGACAGCGUUCAACAGGAGAAACUAGUGGAUAA